CUUUUAGGUUUCGAUAUCAUCCAUUGAGGCAUACUAGUCUAGAAAGCAGACGUGCAGCUUGACGAUGUUUCGUUCUCUUUUCCUUUUCGCCCUGCUGGGCUUUGUACUUCUCCAUGAUGUGGCUGGACAACCCCGGUGGGGAAUUGCCAGGCAAAGUAGGAGGAAUGGCCGGAACAGGAUUGACUGUGAGGGAGGCCCUUUGCAAGUACAACAGAUCUUGGAGAAUUUCAACGCUCCCGGUGUUGUGACUACUACCCUGACGGUCGACUCGGAUGAAAUAUACCUUUAUUUCUGCGAGGGUGCCUUUAACGAACAGAGUUGUUACAAAAUGACUCUGAGCACUAGAAAUGCUGCAUCCUCGGUGAGCUUGGGAGGUGGAAGUAACGUCCUCUGUGAGUCACCUCCAAGACCAUUCAUCCAAAAGGGUGUUCCCACCAUAAUCACCAUCACCAUUACCAGUCAGGCAUGUAACGUCGCCAACCCUGAAGGAGACAAGCUGCCUAUCCUAGCCCCGAAUGAAGCAAAUUUCCACAACUGCUUUGCAUCAACCGACUCUGGAAGCCAAACAACCAUCGAAAUCGAAGCCACACCUCGAUCUGGUACCCCAGGAAGUAGGAGCAGCAAAAGCAGCAGCAGCAGCAGCGGCAGCGGCGAACGCAACAACAACGGCGGAAACGGUGACGAUAGCAGCGGAAACGGUGACGAUAGCAGCGGAAACGGUGACGAUAGCAGCGGAAACGGUGACGAUAGCAGCGGUUAGUAUUUUGUUUAGUUC